AUGAUGAAAGACUACAAUAAAGACUACAUAAUGACGAUGCUUGCUAAGGGAUUAGCUGUUAAACUGGUCCUUUCCCCCAACCGUGGUACUACUUCUACUACUAGAGAUCAUAUUGAUGAGAUCAACGAUAAGGAGGAUGAUGAGAAUCAAUAUAAUGAUGAUGAUGAUAACUACAAGACAGUCCUAUGGCAUACCCCUGCUGAAUGGUCUCAGAUAAUUUACGAUUGGGUUAUUAAUACGGGUAAGUUAGGCUCGGUUGAGACUGUAUUCUCAAUACAUAGUGGAGAGGAUGCCAUAGGAACAGACAAACUCGAUCUAAGUGGUAAAUGUGAGAUAUUUAAAGGGAACACUACUGAUGCUACUGGUGUUAAGUUCUUUACUAGUAAUGCUUUGUAG